UCGUCAUAUCACUGCUGUCGUUAGCUUUUUGGGAAAGCAAGGCCUCACAUUCCGUGGCCAUGAUGAGAAAGAGUCCUCUGACAAUCAGGGAAAUUUCUUAGAAAUGAUGAAAUUUCUAGAGGAAUUCGACCCCUUUCUCCAAAGCUACACACCUCCCGCCCAUUCCACAUAUCUCUCUUCAGGCUCACAGAAUGAGAUGAUUCAAUGUUGUGCAGAGGAAGUUACUGCAUCCAUCAUUAAAGAGAUGAAGCAUUCAAAAAUGUAUGCAGUGAUGGCUGAUGAGGCUCGAGAUGGUCAUGUGGAACAGCUUGCUGUGUGUGUUCGUUAUGUGGGAUAUGAGAACACUGUCAAAGAAAGUUUUCUGGAACUUACAAGUCUGAAGUCUUUCGAUGCACAUUCCAUUACAGAGGCCAUUGAAGAAGUUCUCAAAUCAAAAGGCCUGGAAGACCUGCAAUGUGUUGCUCAGGCUUACGAUGGGGCCUCCGUCAUGAGCGGUGCUGUUCGGGGUGUUCAGGCUCAAUUCCGUGUGAAGCAUCCAGAAGCAGUGUAUGUGCACUGCUAUGCCCAUGAACUGAAUUUGGUGCUUUGUCACACUUGCAGGGCUGUGCCAGAAGCCAUUGAUUUCUUCGACACACUGGAGAGUGUGUACUGUUUCUUCAGUGUGUCUUUAGUUAAUCAUCAGUCUUUCUCUGACAUGCAAAAAGCCUUGGGCUUAGAGAAGAGUGAGCUUGUUCAGCUCUCGAAGACACGGUGGGCAUGCCAGCUCAAAUCAGUCACUGCCGUGAUUGCAAAUCUGCCAGCAUUGUUGAAGUCCCUCACAGAAUUGACCAGUACCACCACAGCAAUUGGACUGCUUUCCAAACUUUCAAGACUUUCAAAUGUCUAUAUGCUUGUGAUGUUCAAAGCUUUGCUGUCCACUACAGAGGGACUUCACAAGUACCUUCAAAAAGAGGAUGUAGACUUGGCACAAGCUACAUGGUAUAAAGAUGCGGUCCUUGAAACACUUAGGUCCAUGCGGACAGAGGAAAUGGCAGAGAAAUUCUAUAAUCAGGCCAAAGAAAUUCUUGAGGCCAACCAUCUGUCAGAGACCCCAGCUCCAGGAGGUUCUCAAAAACGCAAGCAGAAGCGAUUAGAUGACUAUGUGGUAGAGUCCACCACUGGCACAAGGGCUUAUGUGAGCACUUUGGAUAAGAUAAGAAAUCACAUAUUUUACCCAUGCCUUGACAGAAUGGUGAGUGAGCUGGAGGGGAGAUUUUGUGGUGUUGGUGCAGAGCUAAUGCAAGGCAUCAAAGCUUGCCAUCCAGCAGCAAAUGACUUCCUGUGUGAAGAAUCAUUAGAGCUGAUUGCCAAACAUUAUAACAUGAAGGUCAGUAAAGAAGAGGUUGCAGUGGCUAGACAGUUCCUGUUCAAAAGAAGAGAUGAAGGUGUCAUUUCAGAUAUGGCAAGUGUAUACAAGCUCCUUGACCCUGACAUGUUCCCAAGCCUGAGAUCAGUCUUUCAAGCAGCACUAACGAUUCCUGUCAGCAGCUGCAGUUGCGAAAGAUCAUUCAGUGCUCUGCGUCGCCUACACACAUGGUUGAGAAGAACCAUGGGUCAGCAGAGGCUCAAUUACCUGGCAGUGAUGUCUAUUGAGAGGGGACUUGUGUGUGUCACAGACCAUAACAGUGUCAUGAACCGAUUUGCAAUGCUCAAACCAAGAAAAUACCCUUUAAUGAUACCCAGCAAAGCAAGUGAAAAAGCAAGUGAUGAGAGAAAGACUACAGCAGGUGAUGAGAAAGACUAGCAAGUGGAUGAGAGACUAAAGCAGGUGAUGAGAGACUACAGCAAGUGAUGAAAGACUACAGCAGGUGAUGAGAAAGACUAGCAAGUGGAUGAGAGACUACAGCAGGUGAUGAGAAAGACUACAGCAAGUGAUGAGAGACUACAGCAGGUGAUGAGAAAGACUACAGCAAGUGAUGAGAGACUACAGCAGGUGAUGAGAAAGACUAGCAAGUGGAUGAGAGACUACAGCAGGUGAUGAGAAAGACUAGCAAGUGGAUGAGAGACUACAGCAGGUGAUGAGAAAGACUAGCAAGUGAUGAGAGACUACAGCAGGUGAUGAGAAAGACUAGCAAGUGAUGAAAGACUACAGCAGGUGAUGAGAAAGACUACAGCAAGUGAUGAAAGACUACAGCAGGUGAUGAGAAAGACUACAGCAGGUGAUGAGAGAGAAAUAUAACUAAUAUAGAAGGACAUACCAGAUAGACAGCAAGAGGUGAAUAGUGUAUGUUGUAUGUUGACUCUGUGUAUAUGUAUUGAGCAUAAUGUUAAAGAUGUAUAAUGUUAUCAUGCUCAGUUGAGCAAUGGUUAUGCUCUUCAUAUCCAAAAAAAAGGUUGUGCUCAGUUGAGCACUGAGAGGAUGUUAGCCUGCCUUGAAGAUAAUGUUAAAGAUGUAUUUUGACUGAAAGUAAAGUGUUACUGACUGUAAUAAAAAAAAAAACCUCUUCGAGUGAUCCCUGUAUUUGCAUUAAAUGUUCUGGGCUAAGCCCCGGAUGUCCUUCAAUGCUGGAAACGCCCCUGGUGAUGGAUGUGCCUGACAUUCGACGAGGAGAUACAGCAGCCUUCGACAAGUUUGCACUGCAAAUUAGAUCCCUUGUUGGCAUGUUGGAGACUUUGGGCCAUGAAGGUCAAGCAGAACUGAGAUGCGGUUCACAUGUGGAAAGACUUUUGAGCAAAUUACCACCUGAAAUGCGGUCAGAGUUUAGGAGACACAUGUUUCGACAGCCGGGAUCAGUAUAUAACCUCCUGGACUUCUCUUAAUGGUUACAAUAUGAAGCGUGGUGUCAGAGCAGUGAAGGUCAAAUAUCUGACCGACGGCGGAAGGAAGAGCAGAAGCCUGAUCGAGGUAGAAGAGUGUAUCCUACAGGACGUCCAGCUACUGUGCUUCACGGUGUGGACGAGGGCCCUGCAAAACAACCCACAGGACCUGCUUCAGUACCUUCAGCCACGUCUGAGAUUCGUACAGCGCUACCUAAAGCUUUCUGUCCAUAUUGUGACAAAUCUGACCAUUAUCUCAGUCAGUGCCCUACCUUCAAAUCCUUUAACAAACAACAGAUCAUGGAUUGGAUACAGAGGAAUCACCGCUGCUGGCGCUAUGGGCGCACCCACCAAGCUUCAAAGUGUACCCAAAGUGUAAAGGCAGACAUCUACAGAUCCUUCAUGAGGUGAACUCCAAGCCCACUACUGAGGGUUCGUGUUUGAUUAAUUCCGCAACGGAGACUCUGUAUUUGGACAGACCUACAGGAUGCAGGAAAGUUCUUCUGAAGGUUGUUAGAGUUCUGCUUCGCCAUGAGGACAAGACCCUUGAUACCUAUGCUGUACUGGACGAUGGAUCAGAAAGGACGAUUCUUCUGUCCCCUGCUGCCGCUAAACUCGGAAUCCAUGGUACUAUAGAGAGCUUGUCUCUGCGGACUAUCCGCCAGGAUGUGCAGACUGUCACUGGAGCCUUAGUUUCUUUCCAAAUCUCCCCAGGGACUCCGCCACAGAAGGUCUUCAGAAUUUCAGCUGCUUUCACUGUUGAACGUCUUGGUCUUGCGGAGCAAUCCUACCCUUUGAGUAUCCUGGAGAAGUACCAGCACCUCAAGGACCUCCCCUUGCAGCCCUUUGAGGAAGUGCAUCCACUUCUGCUAAUUGGAGCCGAUAAUACUCACCUUAUCACUCCUGUAUCACCUGUGCGCUUAGGGCCAUCGGGAGCACCGGCAGCCAUACAGACGAAACUCGGAUGGACUUUACAGGGACCUGUAAAUCUUCGCAGGGAACAGCUGUCACAAUCAAAUUGCUUCUUUUUGUCCCUCAGCCCGGCAGAGUUAGAGUUGAAGAGAGAUGUCGAGAGGUUGUGGCAGAUUGAUGUAAUGCCUUAUCGAUGUGAGAAGCAAGUUACAAGGUCAAAGGAGGAUCAGGAGGCUAUCAGCCUCUUGGAGGCCAAGACUACCCGCGUUGAGGUUAAAGGGAUCCUACGUUACGCAACACCCUUGCUGCGCAGGAGGAAUUUUCCUGUUUUCGGUGCACCUAAGGAGGCUGUUAUGUCGAGUCUCCGAGGAAUGGAGCAUCGACUCGCAAGGACACCAGAGAAAGCAGAGGUAUACAAGUCUGAAGUGAAGAAGCUGGUAUUGACUAGUGCAGCCAUCAAACCCCAAAAUAAGGGAAGUACAACCGCAGAGGGGAGCUGGUAUAUUCCACACCAUCUGGUUUCUCCCAAUGGGAAAGAUCGGCUCGUGUUUAACUGUUCCUUCCAGUACAGAGGGCUGAGCCUAAAUGACUCCCUAUUGCCAGGUCCAGUCCUAAGUCCUUCCCUCCUUGGAGUCCUUAUACGGUUCAGGGAGCAUGGUGUUGCCAUAAGCGGGGAUAUACGUGGCAUGUUCGAUCAGGUUCUGCUGUUACCUGAGGACCGGCCUCUGCUACGUUUCUUGUGGCGCGACAUGCGGAGAGAUGACCCUCCUGAUACAUAUGAGUGGCAGGUACUGCCUUUCGGGACUACUUGUAGCCCUGCUGUGCCACCUUCGCCCUUCAACAACAUGUGGCACUGCACAGCACCCCUGGAGAGGACGUUAGAUUAUCUGUUGACAGAUGUUUCUAUGUGGACAACUGCCUACAAAGCUUACACUUGGUUGAAGAAGCCAGACAGCUGGUUGACAAGUUACGUGCCCUUCUGUCUUCUGGGGCCUUCGACAUCCGUCAGUGGGCCAGUAACGUGCCUGAAGUUAUUGGCCAUUUACCUCCCGAGGCAAGGUCUACCAAGCUGGAACUGUGGCUCUCACAAGACAAAGUUGACCCACGAGAGUCUACCUUAGGCCUAAGUUGGCAUUGUGAAUCUGAUCGCCUUGGUUUCAAGCACAGACCAGUCCCCUAUAAUGCUUUGACAAUGCGGAGUAUAUACCGCGUGUUAGCGAGUCAGUAUGACCCCCUUGUUCUCCCUUAUACGACCCGAGCCAAAGUAAUUGUGCAACAGCUCUGGGCCACCCACCGAGACUGGGAUGACCCACAACUCCCUUGUGAGCUUGGACAAGCCUGGAUAACUUGGGAAGAAGAACAAUAUCUACCCCAGGUAACACUCCCUAGGUGUUAUAAUCCUACCUACAUGGAUCAUUCAGAAGUACAGCGGGAGAUUCAUGUCUUCAGUGAUGCCUCGGAGAAGGCAUACGGGGCAGUCGCCUACCUGCGUUCAGAAGCAGCUUCAGGGGAAGUCUACCUAGCAUUUUUACUAGCCCGAUCUCGGGUGGCUCCACGGAAACUACAGUCAAUACCCAGACUUGAGCUUUGUGCCGCUUUGACAGGAGCCCAGCUUGCACGGUUGCUUACCAAUGAGCUCACCUUGAAAGUAGAUAAAGUUUCCUACUGGACAGACUCCACCACUGUCCUUCACUGGCUCCGCUCUGAGUCCUGCAGAUACAAGGUCUUCGUAGGCACUCGCGUAUCCGAGAUUCAGGAGCUGACUGAGCUGAAGGCAUGGAGCUACAUUGACUCCGAAAGAAACCCUGCUGAUGAUCUCACUCGGGGUAAAAACCUAAGAGAUCUGGCUAGACCUAACAGAUGGAUUCAAGGUCCCGAAUUUCUCACGAAACCUCUGAAUGAGUGGCCUUCGCACCCUAACCCACAACUUCCUGACUUUGAGGAUGUCACUGAGCUUAAAGGCGGAACCUUCUGUGGAAUAACCAUAGCCACAACUAAAGAUGGAGGGGAGUACAGCAGUUGGAAAGACUAUAUGGAGGCAGUAGCGCAGGAGAAGCAUGGGGCGGCCUCCCAGGAUGGUCCUCCCCCGGCCAGCGCCUACAUUGAAGCAGAGGUUGUUAUUAUGAGGAAAGCCCAGAUGGAUAGUUUCCCUGAAGACUACCAGCUAUUAAAAACCGGCAAGCCAGUUCACUCCAACAGUCGGUUACUUUGCCUCUCUCCGGAGUUUGACACAGGGGACCAACUCAUCUGCGUCGGAGGACGAUUAAGGCGAGUUGAAACCUUGGACCAAGACACAUUGCAUCCCAUCGUACUCUAUUCCAAUCAUUUGAGUACCAAGCUACUCAUUAAGGAGUAUGAUGCUCGACUUCACCACCCAGGACCCGAGCGGGUGUUUGCGGAGCUCCGUCGGAAAGUGUGGAUACUGAGAGGCCGGGAAGCUGUUAGAAAGCACCAGCGUACUUGUUUUGAGUGUUGUAAGUGGCGGUCAAAUCCUGUAACACAACAGAUGGCUGACUUACCCCCUCCGAGACUCAGACUAUUCAAGCCAGCCUUUUAUUCAUCAGGAAUGGACUGUUUUGGGCCAUUCUUGGUCAAAAUAGGUCGCAGAGUAGAGAAAAGAUGGAGUCUCUUGUUCAAGUGCCUUACUACAAGGGCGGUGCACAUCGAAGUACUAACUUCCAUGGACAGUGAUGCCUUCUUGAUGGCAUUGAGGAGGUUCAUUAGUCGUCGUGGUCAGCCUGCAGAAUUAUAUUCUGAUCAAGGCACUAACUUUAGAUACUGAGCUACGAGACGCCUUCAACCAGCUCAGCUCGGAUCUGCAAAACAUACUCGCCGUGCAACAACUACGCUUUCAUUUCAAUCCACCGGCUAACCCACACUUUGGAGGUGUGUGGGAGAGGGAAAUACGUUCGAUAAAGACUGCCCUUCGUUCUGCUCUAGGCUCAGAAACGGUAACUGAGGAGGUACUUCAGACGGUUUUGAUCGAGAUUGAAGCUAUCCUUAAUUCCAAGCCGCUGGGGUAUGUUUCUGCUGAUCUAGCCGAUCCGGAUCCCAUUACCCCCAGUUGCCUUCUGAUGGGGCGGCCCGACGGUUCCUUACCCCAGGUGGUGUACCCACAGACUGAACUACUCACCAAGCGGGAUGGAGACACUCCCAGGUACUAGCUGACAGAUUUUGGACAUCGUUCAUAAGGCAUUACCUUCCUAGCAUGCAGAUGAGAGGAAAGUGGCAACGGGCAUCACCUGAUAUUGAGACUGGUAUCGUGGCCAUGUUGGUUGACUCUCACUUGCCUCGAUCCCUGUGGCAGAUUGGCAGAGUAACUAAGGUAUUUCCUGGUCCAGAUAAUCAUGUAAGAACAGCGGAGAUACAGAUAAAGGACAAAACGUACACUCGACCCAUAGCGCGUCUGAUUGCACUCCCUGAAAUCCUUCUGAAAGUGCAGAUGCCAUGAAACCCUGAGUUAGUUUUCAACGGUGCAAAUUUACAGCUAAAUUUGGGGGCGGCAAUGUUGAGGAGGCGGGCUUAACGCACCUGUCAGUCACCGUACGGAGUCGACGGAAGGAGAUAAAAGACGUGGCCACGAUCCAGCCAAAUUAUCCUCACCUUUUAUGGGUUUCUGUGCGUCAUUGAAAGAUUGUAAGUUCACGUUUUAUUCAUGGACAAAACCUUUCAUAGUUAUAGUAUUCUGUUUUAUAUUUAAUUUGAUGUUUUGUCACUGUUAUUUUAGUGUAUCUCGCAGUGCUAAGGCUAUGCUAGCGCAUUCGAUCCGUUUUGCAAUUAUGAUACCCAUUUUGUAUUGUAACCGGAUAACAAGUUUAUAUAUGUGAUUAUGCUUAUUUACCAAAUGAAUAUUGUGCGCUGGGUGUGAGUUUAAUUAUGUGUACACACAUGCUUUCAGUUACGUUAUUUGAUUCCGUGCGCUAAGUCCGUUUACAUAAAUAUAUGACGGCGCUGAUUUAAAUAGCUUUAUUACGAGUUGUUGUUCAUGUGAUAUGCAUACUGUGAGUAUAUCAUAUAUAUUUAUACUUUAUCUGAAAGCAUAUUGAGGCUGUGUAAUUUUAUUUACUUAUUGUUUCUGCUUAUUUUAGAACCACACCCAUCGUAAAACCCAUACCAGAACUUAAUAAACCCCUUCUUGGAUCUUGACCCGUGAUUACCUCUUGUGUUCUGACAAACAUACCAAAAGGAAGGCUAGAUACAUUAAAACCUCCUUAGAACUACAAUCCUUAAUGCCUUACUAUUCAAUAGUUACCGUAGUAAAAUCCAUGGGUUUGCUAAUAAUCAAUACCCAAAAACAAGUGAUUACUUUUAUUACAAAAAACUAUAAGCUUCGCAAGGGAGUAGGUUACCAGUGAGGAAACAUACAGAAAUAUCAUGUUUUUGUCUCGAUACAUACGAGAAUUCAAACGGAACAUUACAUAAUUUAAGUAUUUUUGAUGCUUUGAAAGCGACGAACAUUGCAUUAUAUUAUACAUUUGUUUCUGACGUUGUGCAAUAUACUGGAUCGAACCAAUCGCCAUGUUCUUACCACUGAGACACAGGAAAUCUUAUUAAAGCAUAAAAAUACUUUUGUGCCAGACAAUAUGAUUAACAUGAAAAUAUCCCUAACGAAGGACAGCAUGAAUCGAAGUGAAAUUAUGUCGGUCAUAAAAUCAAAACAAACAUGUAGAUCGUUUCAAACUUGUGACCUCCUUCGGCAGAACACAACAUAUAAUUUGAAGAAUGUUGAUAACCAGAAUACAUUGCCCUUAUUGUAUAAUAAUAAAUAGUAUUAUUAAUAUGAUUAUUAUUAGUUUUAGUUGUAAUAGUAGCCUUCCAUGUGUAACCGGGUUGAUAUUAUAUCUUUACUUUUAGUUGAAAUGUCACCAAAUCCUGAUGAAUAUUGUUUUCUAUACGUUUAAAAUGUGUCUUUCCUAUAUAUUUAUGCCUGAAUGUUGUACUUAGAACUAAGUGUUAAUACCUGUACUGUCACUUUAAGAGGUCGCAGGCUUUAUGCCGUCAUUUUCGAUGCUUCUCUCAGUUCUCGCCAGACUAGCUGAGAGGAGGUAAUGUAUUAUUUUGCUUUUCAUUCUUGAACAUUUAUUAUUUAUAAACCUUGUUUUAUGCAUGUAUAAAUGCUAGUUUUGGGUUGUGGACAUGCAGUUACUAUGUUAAUUGAAUAUAAACCUUGUAAACAGAUUCUUUGCAAGCUUUAAAGUAGACAUGUUUCCACAUGCUAGUUUACACGGUUUUCUGUAUCUAUUAGCUAACAGGAGCUUGAGACUUCUGUACUGUGUGGAGGAGACUGCAUGUUACAGCGCCUCAUGUGUUUUUCUGUUAAUUUGUACAGACAAUCAACCAUUCUGCCUUCAUUAAAAGAGCUACCAGCA